AUGCCGGAUUCAGAAGAAACCUUGGAUCCAUUUAGCAAAUGGACGGUCACCGAAGAGAGAAGAACAUCCAGGCCUCUUCUUCGGAAGCAGAGGCUUUCAAAGUCGUUGUCAGCUGCCGCGGUGCUGAGCCAGGGGAAGCCUCGGCGAGCUGCGGACGCCCAUGUCCACCACGCUGAAGGAGCCGAUGGCAGCCUGCAUGGUGAAGGCGUUGCAGAUGCCACGAGCAGGAGGCCUAGCAAAGAAGCAGACGGCGGAUAUGCGGCCUUCAAGGCUCGUUUUGACAAGCAGUAUGCGCAGCAGCAGCGGAUCAGCUGCCUGGCGCUGAACCGCCGGCAGCGAGUGGUUGCAGAGACCCUCCAGGCGGCGCGGGACUCCUGGGAGCCGGACAAUCGCCUGGCUGCUGCGGCCGCUGCAGAGGCGGAGGAGAUCGCCAGACUCUUCCGAACGCCGGCAGCGCAGAUGGCCAGCUGCUCGGAUCUCGCCCGCCCCAGGGUCAUGGAGUCCCCGGAGGAGCCGGAGGCACCUCAGGAUGUCCGCUCCUGGGCAGAGCAACAGGCCCGCGUCCGGGCUUUGGCCGAGCCUCGGCCCCUGCCCCAACAGCCCGAGCCACCGCCAGCGCCGUCGAGGAGUGCGGCCGAGCAGCAGCGGCACUGUGCAGAGCUCUCACAGCCCAGGGCGGGGCCUCUCGAGCCCUUGCCAGGAACUGCGAGCUGGCGAGAGGAGCUCGCCUCACGCGCCGCUGCCAUGGUGCCGGAAGAGGUGCAGGCUGCGCGAGCGCUGUUGGCCUCAAUGCGUUCACGGCCGCGCUCGGCGCCGCGGAGACGGCCUUCGUCAGCACAGGCAGCGAAGCCCGACGAAGCUGUUUCCGAGCAGCUGGCGGAGCUGAAAUCCAUGGUUGAAGAAGUCCUGUGGGUCGUGCUUUUGCAGGUGCGCAGCUCCAGCGGACUGGGGGCUGCUCUCGAGGAGCGGCUCGGCAGCCUCCUCACCGCGCAAGUGGGGCCUGCGCUUCGACCGGUCGCGAAGCGCCUCCUCGGCCCCGGCGAGGGCCUGCCCCGGCGGCUGCGUGCAGAGUUCCCAAAGCUGGCACGGCACCUGGGCUUCCGCGAGUCGGAGGACCCAGAGCCACUGCCAACGUUGUGGCAGCAGGAGGAGGUGUCUGUACACCUAGCAAAAGUGCGCGAGAGUCGCGACGAGCUGCUGUCCAUGGAUCUGACAAAGGCAGCACAAAGCUUGACUUUUGGAAUGCUCCGCCGAUCAGUCUUCCAGCAAAUUUUGGCAGUUGCCAGGAUGCCAUACUUCGGCGAGGGCCUGAGGUUGUGCAUGCCUCAAUUCGAUGCUGGCGAGGGCACUGGCCCGCUGGAUGCCCACCCUGAAGGGGAUCUCGGCACGUCUGAGAAUUGCAGCGCCUGUGCCUGGUGCGGCUGGUGCGAGCUGCCCCCUGCUCUUCUCUCCUCUGUCUUCCUCCACCUCGACGUCGCUGCCCUCUGCGCAGCUGCGGCAACGGCGGCUCCCUGGAAUUGCGCUGCGCUGCCCGAGGUUUGGGAGUCCGCAUUGCUCUCACCCCAGGCAGACGUCUCGGGCAAGCCGACGUGCCGCCAGAGGAGCCAGGCACAUACACAACAGUCUUCACCAGAGAAGGCCUCCAAGCUGCACAAAUUCCGCCAGGCUUUGAUACGAGGCUAUCCGGGUGGCAGCAGGACUCAGCUCUGCAAUGCCUGGUGUCCAAAUACUCGCCCAGGGCACUGGCGCAUUUCGUUCGGAGGCGUAGAGAGGUUCCACAGUGGUGUCGAGGCGGAGGCUUUGCGCUUGGAUCGAUCCUGUGCGCAUUUGGCACUCGAGGAGGUGCCAUGCCCUGAACACUCCAUCAAUCCCGCACUUCCCUCACCCGACUUCCUCCAAAAUUAUAAUCUGCCGAUGACUCUGCCCUACUUGGCAUCCGACAUGGAGUGCAAGGUGCUGAACUUUUUUCCAGAUCCCGUCUGGGCGGCCAUCUGCCUCACCGACGAUCCCGUGGGGAGUGGACGUGUGCCUUCAGCUGUAGGCACAGAAUCAGCGCACUCGAAGAACCUGCAACAGAUUCAAUAUCUGGAUCUCCUAGCGUGCGAGUUCGAGCAACAGAGGCCACAGUCUGCCUCCGUGGCUUUCGCCACACGACCAGCUGUCUGGAUGCCAGAGCCUGGGCUCUCGAAAGCUGGAAGCCUGGUUGUCUGCACUCUCUUCUUGGGCGGCAGCUCCGUGGACCUCAUCCGCUGCCCGGGCUUCAGCCGCAUGGAGGUGGGAGAGCGCCUUCGUCUUUCACCAGAUGCAAAGUCUUUCCAGCUCCACAAAGAUUGGUCCUUCCCGGCUUUGCUGGCCGAGGUCGGUUGUGCGAAGUUGGAAAGCUUGCUGGACUUGACCAGCCGCGGGGACACUGGUCCUGAGGUGGGAAAGAUGCUCACGCAGAUUGCAGGUGCUCAUCCCGACCACGCGCGGAAGCCACUAUGCCAUGGAGCCGUGGCAGUGGGAGGUCUGGGCAACAUGCUCCUGUCACAGCUCGGCUGCUCACGUCUGAGAAGAUCUGACAGAAAUGUGUUUGGCUGGAGCUGCUGCUGCUAUGAGCUGCUUUGCUGCCAGGAGCGCGGAGCGCCGAUGGAUGGCGCUGGCCACGAGCUUCAGAUAGCAGAGGAAGGCGGGCGGCUGCAGGACAUCUUUUUCCCUCAUUGGGGCUGA